CAAUAAUAAUAACAACAACACCUUCUUCUUCACCAGCAAUAACAACAACACCAUCAUCAUCAUCAUCUUCUUCUUCUUAUUUACCAGUAAUAAUAAUAACAACAACACCACCACCAUAUAAUCUUCGCACAAGAAGACCCAAUCCCCCUAGCUAUAAAAUAUCGAAAAAAAAAAAACAAACCAUUAUCACAACUACGACCAUCACGACCAACACCACAACUAUCACAUGA